GCAGUUUCCGUGUUCCACGUAAGCAGGGAGAGACUCAAGAAUGGCCCUGAUAGAACCUUGCAACGAUUUUUUCCUAUUUCCUGUUUCUCUCUUCCAAAACAGACUACUCAACAUGGAAAAGUGGUUCUUUUACGGGGUAAGAAACCCCUUCUGCCAUUCUACAAGGUCUAUAUAGUUUGUUUCGAUCCGCUUUAACCUCUGUGACAUUUGUUUACCAAAUUACCAAACUUUCUGGGACAUCUCUUUAAACUCCUUCUUAUAGUCAUCUGAAGAUUAUAUCUGGUCACCUGAUUAUAUCUGGUGACAAUAUCCUGCUGUGUUAAAUGGAAGGUCGUCAGCAACGUCAAUCACUAGAACUACGUUCCAAACAGAUUAAAGAGAAUUUACUUCUAUUGUUCUGCAGCAUAUUACACGAGUACGGUCCAUUAUCAGUGAACAGCAGUGAAUUUCAGCAGGUGUGGACAUCAAUUACUCCUGACCAACAGAAUAUCAUACAAUUUUCUGGAGGUCUGUCCAACUUUCUACUACAGUCCAAUAAUGUCUCUGUUAUUAAACCUGACAUUCUUUUCCUGAAGAAAGACAUUUCAGAAGACAGCAGCCAAAUCACUGAACAACACUCGCAGACAGAUUCUGAUACAUCACACCACAUCCAAACAGCCAAACACGAGUCUCUUUCACUGCAGAAUAUUGUUUUCAAUGUUUUUGGAGAUGUCCUCACCCCAGACAAGAAUCAAAAAAAUACUCAGAACUGUCCCAGACAGACUCCUGUUUCGGUUACUGAGAGUGCAACACAAGAUAUUUGCAUCGAUGCCUUGAUACCAGAAGAGUGCAGUUCGAAUCAUCGCAACAAUUCGCGAAAGAAGGCUCGGAAGCGUGCAAAAAACAAGGAAGCUUCGCCCACAAAACUCCAUGGCAACGAUCAGUCUCAGACAUGUAAAGAAAAACCUUUAUCAAAUGAAAGAGCACUGAUUGAGUGUCAGCCAGGGUCUUCCAGAUGUGAUCCCUCGAUACCGUCCACAUAUAGCAUGGUAGCUGCCAAAAAUAUCCGAAGCAGAAAACCGCCUGACACUGUUGCGUUGAAUACUUCCAAGAAAACAGUAAAAGUGCCACCAGAUUUGAGAGCUUCUGGUAGCAAAAGUGAAAUACCAUUGUGUUCGAUUUGCCAUGACACUUUACACAAUGAUAAAAUAAACAAACUGCAAUGUGGCCAUAGUUAUCAUGACCUGUGUAUUCGUAAAUGGCUGGAGAUCCAGAAAACUUGUCCGACAUGUCGAGUGUUGGUGUUAUUGACUGAUGAAUUCCCACCACUCUCAUUCACCACUUGAUGUCACUGCCUUCAAUUCUUACCAUCAUUGUCAUUUUCACCCCUUCUACUCUUGAUCUCAACUCCCCAGCCCUCUCGAUAUUCACCAGCUCCCACUUUUACUGUUACUCAUUGUUUUUAACAUCAGAAACACAAAAAAAAAAAAAUACCUUUUACAAGUUGCUGUUACAUCUUCGUUUUUUUUUUACAUCUCCGUCUUGUACGUUGUUGUUAUAUCAUAAUUAAAAUAACAAUUAAUUCACUGACUAA